AUGGGCAGAGUCUCUGCUAUCCCAGCUCCAGGGGAAGAUGGGCAGGGUCUCUGCUAUCCCAGCUCCAGGGGGAAGAUGGGCAGGGUCUCUGCUAUCCCAGCUCCAGGGGAAGAUGGGCAGGGUCUCUGCUAUCCCAGCUCCAGGGGGAAGAUGGGCAGGGUCUCUGCUAUCCCAGCUCCAGGGGGAAGAUGGGCAGGGUCUCUGCUAUCCCAGCUCCAGGGGGAAGAUGGAGGAUGUCUGCCGUACGGAGAAAAAGCUUUGGCGCUGAACAUUGUCGUGAAAGAAGAAGAGGAGGAUAUUACAGUGAAAGGAGAGAAAGAACCUUUCAGAAUUAAAAAGGAGGAAGAGGAGGCUGUUAUAGUGAAGGACGAAGAGGAUGAUGUUAUAGGAAAAGAAGAGAAAGAACCGCUUAGAGAGGAAGAGGAUGCUUUCUCAACAAAGGUGAAGAAGGAAGACGUUUUGGGAGUGAAAGAGGAAGAGACAGAAUAUCAGAUUAACACCAGAGAGACACAUGACUAUGGUGGAUCCUCUGGGGAGCCUCAACAACAUCCUGAUGCUGACGAGACAGAGAAGAGUCUCUCCAGAUCAGAUCACCAGAUGGACAACGCUAGCCCUUCCUCCCUCCCGGAGUCCCCGUGUCGUGCCUCUCCCGGUAGCGCCUUACUGGGUAUGAAGAGGUUGUCUGUGCUGCUGGUGGACUGCAAGAAAACAACAGGAUUGAGUGAAACUGUGAGAGGAGGAGAAGAGAAGAAAGGAUCAGAUUUGACACAUCAAAGAGGAAAACCAAAUUUGGAGGAACCAGAGACGUCCAAACCAGCAAGACGGCACCUCUGCUCCCAGAUUGGAAAGCGUCUUACCAAGCCAGGAAGCCUGAAAAGACAUGGGAGGACACACACUGGAGAGAAGCCACACCAUUGCGCCCAGUGUGGACAUAGUUUUAACCAGUUAAGAAGCCUGAAAGCUCAUGAGCGAAUACACACAGGGGAGAAGCCUUACAAAUGCUCAGACUGUGGGAAGACAUAUUACUCAUCAUGGUCACUUAAAGUUCAUGUGAGAACCCACACAGGAGAGAAGCCUUACCACUGCUCCCAGUGUGCAAAGAGUUUUAGCCAGUUAGGAUACCUGAAAGCUCAUGAGCGAAUACACACAGGGGAGAAGCCUUACCACUGUUCCCAAUGUGGAAGUAGUUUUAGCCAGUUAGGAAACCUGAAAGUUCAUGAGCGAAUACACACAGGGGAGAAGUUUUACCACUGCUCCCAGUGUGGAAAGAGUUUUAGCCAGUCAGGAAGCCUGAAAACUCACCAGCGAAUACACACAGGGGAGAAACCUUACUACUGCUCCCACUGUGCAAAGAGUUUUGUCUAUUUAGGACAUCUGAAAGAACACAUGAGACUGCACACAGGGGAGAAGCCUUACCAAUGCUCUAACUGUGAGAAGACAUAUUACUCAUCACAGUCACUUAAAGUUCAUGUGAGAACCCACACAGGAGAGAAGCCUUACCACUGUUCCCAGUGUGCGAAGAGUUUUAGCCAGUUAGGACACCUGAAAGCCCAUGAGCGAAUACACACAGGGAAGAAGCCUGCUCCCGCUGUGCAAAGAAUUUUACCAAAUUAUGAAGCCUGAAAAAACACAUGAGACUGCGCACAGGGGAGAAACCUUACAAAUGGUCAGACUGUGGGAAGACAUAUUUCUCAUCACAGUUACUUAAUCAUCAUGUGAGAAUCCACACAGCACAGAAUAAUUACUUAUAGUGUGUAAAUUGAUAUUUCACAUCGACUUAAAAUUCAUCAGAGAACAUACACAGUGCUCCCGUUGUCUUAUAUUGUUGACUGACAAUGUGUUCUUGUUUAUACCAGAUGAAAAUGUAUGUAAAAUGUACUUAUACAAAGAAUCCUAAUAAUACAGGGAUAUUACAGGGAUAUUACAGGGAUAAUACAGGGAUAAUACAGGGAUAUUACAGGGAUAAUACAGGGAUAUUACAGGGAUAAUACAGGGAUAAUACAGGGAUAUUACAGGGAUAUUACAGAGAUAAUACAGGGAUAUUACAGGGAUAUUACAGGGAUAAUACAGGGAUAUUACAGGAUAUUACAGGGAUAAUACAGAGAUAAUACAGGGAUAUUACAGGGAUAAUACAGGGAUAUUACAGGGAUAAUACAGGGAUAUUACAGGGAUAUUACAGGGAUAUUACAGGGAUAAUACAGGGAUAUUACAGGGAUAAUACAGGGAUAUUACAGGAUAAUACAGGGAUAAUACAGGGAUAUUACAGGGAUAUUACAUGGAUAAUACAGGGAUAAUACAGAGAUAAUACAGGGAUAUUACAGGAUAAUACAGAGAUAAUACAGGGAUAUUACAGGGAUACUACCGGGAUAAUACAGGGAUAAUACAGGGAUAAUACAGGGGUAUUACAGGGAUAUUACAGGGAUAAUACAGGGAUAAUACAGGGAUAAUACAGGGGUAUUACAGGGAUAAUACAGGAUAAUACAGGGAUAUUACAGGGAUAUUACAGGGAUAAUACAGGGAUAAUACAGGGAUAUUACAGGGAUAAUACAGGGAUAAUACAGGGGUAAUACAGGGAUAAUACAGGGAUAUUACAGGGAUAAUACAGGGAUAUUACAGGGAUAAUACAGGGAUAUUACAGGGAUAAUACAGGGAUAUUACAGGGAUAAUACAGUGAUAUUACAGGGAUAAUACAGAGAUAAUACAGGGAUAUUACAGGGAUAAUACAGGGAUAAUACAGGGAUAUUACAGGGAUAAUACAGGGAUAUUUCAUGUGUUUAAAUGGUCCUUUUUAAAACUCUGUGUGUGUGUUUAUCUGGGUGUGUCAUUCCUCCAGCACUACAGAUAAUCAAGUGAUAUUUGGAUGUGAUGCAUUAGUUCCAUUGUUGACAUUUGCAUUGUUGGCCCACUGAUGAUUUAAUGAAAUGAAAAUGUUCAGACUCUGUAAUGGAAAAUGUUAAUAGUUUGUGUGUCCACAUAACUGAGUAUGUAACUAACCUUGUGAAACUGUCCUAUUAUAAGCUCCUGUUCUUGGGAGGAUCAUUCCGUGUUGCAAACCAGCUGCACCUGUGUCCUUGUAUGAAUAAAGUCCCUCACAGUAACAGGAAACUAUAAAGAUAUGUGCUAAUCACUCAAUGCUUCAGGCAUUCAGACUGUCUACACUGCGCUGUGUAACUCUGUUAUUCUCUCUGAGCUCAGAA